AUGCAUGCGCUGCAAGCUGGUACAAGAUCUACAACACACUCAACAUUCAUUUCACCAUACACUAGCAUUCGAAAGUACAUCCAUUCGAGCGGAAAGAAGGACGAGCCUCGAGAUCAUUCGGUCAACCGUGCAAACCGGGGGAAGAUAGGCGACAAGGACGACCUAGCGGCGGAAGCGGCAUCCAAGGGGAUGAAGGAGAGAGAGGCCAACGAAUGGAUUGCGGAUGACACCAAGUCUGGGGCAACAACAGAAAGAGGCGGUAGCAAGCACGCAAAAAAGGCUAAAAAGGAGCAUCCGGCAGCGCCAGAGCCCAUCAUUGGGAUGAAUGAUGAGCGAGCUCAACCGUACUGA